AUGCUUGCUCUUCUUUUUCCUGUUGCUUCCCUUCAUUCGUACACAUACUCAUUCAUAUUUUUAUUACUUCAUUCAUUUUUGCCACAUCCAUUCACUCAACUUAUUACCAAGAAUUAUCAUCAGAGGAAUCUUCCUACUUUUGUCAUCAAUGAGGUUAAGGACAAGCUUUCUGCCGUGUUUGGUUAUGAAAUGAGAUUGCUUUCAAGGUCUAUCCCAUCAUCUAAAGCCCAGACAUGUGCUUCACAAAGUGGUGCGGAUGCAAAAUCAUAUAUUCUCAUUAGCCAACUUCCCUCUGAUUUAUAUGAAAAACAUGUUGUGGAUGCGAAUACAGCAUACGUGUCUGGUUUCACGUUUGUCAUAAUUAGUAUUGUACAUCUUGCUGGCGGCAAAAUUCCAGAAGAAAGUCUGUGGAGCCAGUUAAAUAGGAUGAGUUUGAAUGACAAUGAAGCAAAUCAUCCUGUUCUUGGAAACAUUAAGCAAGCCUUGGAACUUCUUGUUCAGCAAAGGUAUUUACAGAAGGACAAAGUUCAUGGUCCUGACGGCAAUACCAUAUAUUAUGAGCUUGCCGAGAGAGCUUUAGAUGGACCCAUCAACAACAAGGUCAAGGAAUAUAUAUCUCAGAUUAUGAGGGAAACUUCCUAAUAAGUUACCAGCUUUUCAGCAUAUCAGUUGUGAUAUAAUUAUGCCUACAAA